UGCUAAGAAAGAGAAAAAAAAGGUUGAGUGUGAGGUCACACAUUGUGGUGGUCUGUGACGAAGCCACUUUACCGUAGGUGAACUUCAGGUGAGAUACAGGGGAAGGAUGAGUAUAUAGUUCUGUAAGUUACCGUCUGCUGCUCACAGAGACAAAAUGGGCGGGCGGUGGAACAUUGACUGAGGUCAUUGUCACAUUGCGUCAGUGUUGUACUUACUGGAAUAUAGUUGCCAGCAGCAGAAGGUGACAUCCUAGAAAACCAACCUGAAAGAAGUGCAUGAGAAGUUACUGAUCUUCCUUUUACCUGCCCAACAAAGAAACAGCCAUCCUACUUUCUAUACUGAGACCAGAUGGAACCCAUGUCGCUAUCUCCAAACGGGAGCAUAGAGGAAGUGGAGGACGGUCACAUAGCCUACCUAGAUGGGGAGCUGGCACCCAAGGGCCUGCGGCGCAAGAGAGAGUUUAUCCCAAAUGAGAAGAAGGACGCCACCUACUGGGAGAAGCGUCGCAAGAACAACGAGGCAGCCAAGCGGUCGCGGGAGAAGAGGAGGGUGAACGAUUAUGUGCUGGAGAGCCGCCUGGUGGCCAUGAGUGAAGAGAACGCCCGGUUGAACACAGAACUGCUGGCCCUCAAACUCCACUUUGGCCUGGUGAGCCCUGCGGCCUACGCUGCCCACCAGAACAGCCUGCUACGGCUCCGCCAUGCGAACACCUAUAGCCCCCAGUCUCCGCCACCCAGCAGCUCAAGCCAGUCCCUGGACAGGGAUGUCUACUGGGGCAGGAGUCCCAGCUACAGAGACCCUUCCACCCUGCCCACUUACCACCACCAACCCUCCGUCCUGACUGGGCAACCUGCCCCUGCCCUGAUCCAGCCACAUGCUCUACCAACCAGAAGGGGCUAUCCAUACAUCUUAGACAUGCCCAGUGUCCUCCACCCUGCAAACUCAUCCUCCCUUCUCCUGCCCCCGCUUCUCCCCCCUGCCCUAUCGUCGUGGCCGGGGGUUCCCCUGCUGAGGCCCACCCCUAAGAGAAGGUGUUCAGAUGAGGAGGGGGAACAGCAGGUCCCAGCAGCCUCCUCCAGCGGUGCAUUACCGCACAAGCUGAGGCUGAAGACCCCCAGAGCUUCUACUGUCCUUAGGGAUGUCAGAGAUCGGGCCUCCCCCCCACUCCCGCUUUAUGUAUCUGACUGGCCACACUGCACAGGGCAGACCAACCACAGCGCGGGAACACUGACACCAAAGUUAUAGCAAAGACGUUAUGUACAACUUAAAACAGACAUUUGUUUGAUUUUUUUUAUUAUUGUUUUUGCUUCUCUGCCAUGCUACUUUAGUGUCCAAGUUAACAGGAUAAAAUCUAUUAUAGCAUACUUUACUGUAAAUUCUGCUUAAUUAGCCAGACUUUAAGUGUUUUAUUGCACUGAGAGACUCCAGUUCACUUACAGUAUGUAUGUAAAACUCAAUAUGGGCAGAAAAUAUAAUUUGAUUUUGACUUUUUGGAAUGGAUGGAAUUUAUCUUUUCAAAUUAAUAAAUUCCUCUUAUUGUUCACUCUUUACUGAUUAGCGCACAAACAGUGUGUGUGUGUGCUGCAAUGUGUAGGCUACCGCGUGGGUAAUGUUUAUGUUAUGUUGGCUGCCUGGUAGAGCAAGCACUGAGGUCUUGAAGUUGAGAUGAGGGGAAAAUACCAGACAUGACAUGAAAGGAGAUGAAUUUCAACAUAACUCGAGACAUAUUCUGUGUAUAAUAUAGGUGUGAGAACUUAGUGGUUAGUUACUUGUACCUGCUAUAACCACCACAAAUGCACUUAACGGAAUGGGGUAUCUAUGGUGCAAAUGACGAACAGUCACGGACCAAUUUAUUUGUCUCGGGCUAACUUAUUUGUAUUUUAAGACCCUCGAAAUCAACCUUAUAAAUCUUCUUAUGUAGUUGUUUUUGUCCCAAUUUAUUUUCAGUCAAAAGCUCCCGUUAGCAACAGAUGAGAACAAAGGUCCAAUCAGUGUGGCCUAACCUCAACCACUGUGUACAGAGAUGGGGUAGUCAUUUAAAUACAACCACUGUGUACAGAG